GCCUGGCAGCCCACCUUUCUCCUCCUCCUCCUCCCCAGGCUUUCUCUUCUCAUCGCCGGGAGACAGAGACGACAUUCCCGCUCUCUGGAGCGUCCCGGACGAAGCCCCGACCCUAAGCAAGACGGAGUUUAGGCCACAAACACGGAGUGUGACCCCGGAGCGCCCGGCAUCAGCAGUCUGCGUGGGUCGUUCCGCCAACAGCAGACGCGUACCCGCUCCAUCGCGCCGCAGAUUCCAGGCCAUUCCUCGUGUUUCCAGGCAGGCAUUUCGGCGCAUUUUUCCAGAGUUCUGUUGCGAGACGGAAGCUGGUCUUUGUAACGCUGCCAGUGCAUGCCUUUUGUGUCAGGAGCUGCACCGAGGGAGCUUGGAGGAUACACAAGGACAUCGGCUGCCACAGGGGGCUUUCCUCAAGUUCACGGCCAUUUUACAUCUGGCCCUCAAGCGUAAACUUUGUUGAAGUCUAUUAGGGCAAUAGCUGCGCUGUUAUAUCGCGCCCGAGGAAUUCAUUAACUCUGCAUUCACCGCUGGCUAAGUUCCUGGAAUUUUCAGUCGCGAGGCCCAAGUUCUUGUAGGAGGGCUAACCCCAAUUCUUCGCCAUACAAUUAUUAAGAUGCGACUGACGCAUUGUUUUUGACGAGACAAAAGAAGUUUGUAGCCUUCAAACGCCUCUUCGCGACAGAUGUACGCCGAUGCCUUUUGGGUCCGAAGGUCGGCUGAAAUAUCAGGAGAUAGCGCUGGCAUUUGGUUCCUCGCCGGUGAACAUCACAUUCAGCACUUUUCUUUCUUUUACUCUUUCAAUGGCAAUUGAGCGAAGAGGUCCCGUCUGAUGCACAAGGAAUUCCGGUCUCUGGAAGUGGAAUAUUUUCCGUCACGUUGAGAAGACGACAGGUCUGUUCCCCCGGGAGUUUGAUAAGGGAGAGACGGUGAUUGUGUCUCGUUAGGCCGGGCCAGAAGGCAUGAUCGGACGCGGGAGUGACGGCCGGACCACCAGGAUGGGAGGGCAGACAAAGGCACCCGGCGGGGACCGCAGGGCUCCCUCGGGACAAACUAGGCUUCCUCCCGUGCGUGACAUUGACGUUCUCCUGGGCUUCAGUGCGAGCGAGCAGGAUCUGAACCCGGACCAGGGCGGGGAACAGGACCCCGAGUUGGAGAGUAAGCGGGAUUCGGGAUAUAUCGAGGACUGCGCCUUGCAAAUAUCCCAUAACGGAACGUACCUGGACUUGGAUUCCACCUUGGACGAGCAAAGGGAAUACUUGGAGGGCUUCGAGGACAGUCGCAAGAACUCGAUGAUCCUCCGUACACAGCUUUCGGUCAGGGUGCAUGCCUGCAUAGAAAAACUGCUGAAUUCCAGUGGCAGAGAAUUAAGACGUGCCCUGUUCUCCCUCAAGCAAAUAUUUCAAGAUGACAAAGACCUUGUUCACGAGUUUGUCAACUCAGAGGGCCUCACGUGUCUUAUUAAGGUGGGAGCGGAGGCUGACCAAAACUACCAGAACUACAUUCUCAGAGCCUUGGGACAGGUGAUGCUGUAUGUGGAUGGCAUGAACGGUGUCAUCAACCACAACGAGACUAUCCAGUGGUUAUACUCUCUCAUCUCAUCAAAGUUCCGCCUGGUGGUGAAGACCACACUGAAACUGCUGCUGGUGUUUGUGGAAUACACAGAGAACAAUGCACUACUUCUCGUACAGGCUGUGGAUGCUGUCGACAACGACAGAGGCCACAAGCCAUGGUCCAACAUCAUGGAUGUUCUAAACGAGAGAGAUGCAGUAGAUACAGAGCUGCUUGUGUAUGCCAUGACACUGGUCAACAAGACUCUGAAUGCAGUUCCUGAUCAGGACACCUUUUAUGAUGUCACAGAUUCACUAGAGGAGCAGGGCUUAGAGAAAAUCAUACAGAGACAUCUAACCAAGAAGGGAAGUGAUCUUGACCUUGUGGAGCAGAUGAAGAUAUAUGAGACGGCUCUAAAAUUUGAAGAUGGUGAAGAAAAUAUUCCAGAAAGUUCGCAGAACACAUUAAGGAAAACAAGAAGAACCAUCAGCCAAACCAUUAGCGAUGAAGCACGCCAAAGCCUGAGGAAGAGUAGACGACACUCGCUGAACGCAGGAGACUCCAGCCCAAGUCCAGGUGGAAAGGGUCGCUCUGAAACAAAGGGGCGCACAGAAACAGACGGGGAAACCAGAAGGAGUAGGUACUCUGCUGACUCUGAGACCAGCGACGAUGGCGGAGACAGGAAGUCCAGGUACUCCUCUGGGGUGACCCGCCAGCCUCGGGAGUCCACCAUCGCUGAGGCGCCCAAACAGAACGGACUGUCAGGGUCCACAGAAUCUGGCAAAAGAAGGUCCUGGCGAGACCGAGUAUAUGGCGGUCAGGAAGAUACCAGUAGCAAUACCAAUAGCAGCGGAUAUAACCGCGGCUACAGGUCGUGGCGAGAGGAACUGUCCAAGUUCGACCACAUUCUCGGCACGACUUACGGCAUCUCCGCUAACCGCCACUCCCGCUAUAAGACUCAGACUGACUCUGACAGUGAUAGCUUACGCAAAGACAAGGACACAAAUGAGGAGAAACAAAAGGAGGAAAAGGAAACAGAAACACCGGUUAAGAGGGGUACUUUCUAUGAAAUUAUGAAGUCCAUAGAAGACCAGAAAAAGCAAGAGCAGGAACCCAAGAAAACCCCUGAGGAACUCGAGGAGGAAAGAAAGGCAGCUGAAGAACAGAGAUUGAAAGAGAUGUAUGCAGAAGAGGCCAGGAAAAGAUGGAAAGAGAGAUAUUUGGAGGAGACAGAACUGGUUAGAUCUGACCCAGACUUCUGGAAAAAGGCCGAAGAAAUACAGCAAAAAAGAAAAGAAGAAGCAGCAAAAGGUUCCUACCAACGACAAAGCCAUUCAUGGAGAGACGAUGUUGCCAAGCAAUUAGAAUAUGCUAAAAAGCUAGAAGAAGAGGAAAGAAAAGUUGCUGAACUCGAGAGACAAAAGAGAGAAGAAGAGAGACGGGAACUCUACCUGAUGAUGGGAGGAGAAUUCCCAGUCUUUGAGGAUUGGUCCCGCGAUUCUCCUCCACCUACCGAGCCUAACGACAUUCCACUGCCUGAAGCUGCUUUAACCGAGCCACACGACAAGCCUGACACUCUGGCAAACAUGCCUCAGUCAGAGGAAGACACAGAGCUAGAGACGGAACAGGAAGCUGAGUAUGAGGAUGAGUUGGUAAAUGGUGAUGAGGAUGAAGAUGCAGAGGAGGAGGAGGAGGAGGAAGUAGAGGAAGGUCAGGAGUGUGAUGAGGACUUGUCAAUAGAAAACGAAGAUGAGGAAUCAACACAAGACAAACUCAGAACACUGCACAUCGAUGAGUCUGAUCUCCAGCCAUCUGAACCAUCCUCACCACAAGACACAAGCGAUGAGCUUGUGUUCCCAUCCCCUGACAAUCAUGACACAGAAUCUAUCCAUUCCACAUCUGACACACCUCCUGUCACCCCUGGUGAAGCUUCGCCUGUCAUUCCUGAUGAGCUUCCUUCUGAUAACACUGACGAGUCUCCAGCUAGUUCUGUUGAUGAGUCUCCACCUAGUUCUGUUGAUGAAUCUCCACCUAUUUCUGUUGAUGAAUCUCCGCCUAUGUCUGAUAAUGAACCUUCACCUGUCACACCUGACGAGCUUCCGCCAAUCAUUCCUGAUGAGCCAAUCACUAUUGAUUGUCCAACUAUCAUUCUGGACGAGCUUCCGCCUUUACCACAAGUAGUUGAUGACGAGAUCUCCCCACCUCCGGGGUUGUACCGUGUUGAAAGAACUACCGAGAGACUCUCGGAACAGACCGAAUCCAAAUCGCCUGAGCCCGAUGAAGUUUUCGAACCUGAAGACCAAAAACCAGAAUCUGUAUCAGAUGAUGUAGAAGCUGCUUUAUUAAAUGCAUUGACGAUUAAGAGACCUAGGAAACUCUCUAGACUAGAAUCCCUCAAGCAGAAACGUAAAGAGGCUGAGGAAGAGUCUUCCUUGACCAAUGGACAGGGUUCUGGGUCCCGGCAGUCUCGGCGGGAGAGAAUGGCGGCGCUACAGAAGGAGCAGAUGGCGAUGGAGAAGGACAAAGACGAAGGUUCGAGAUUUCUCAGUGGCACGGCUAAAACUCGUUCCUCUGCCUUUAUCACUCUGUCGCGGAGCCAGAGCCAACCUGAGUUUGCCACGAACAAGUUGAACAGUGCGCUGAGGGACAUGAAACCCUCCCUCGCUCCCGCUUGGGAGGAGGACUCCAGUUCCGAGUCUAGCUCAAGUUCGGAGACGAGAGUCUCCAACUCUCACAGAAAACCCUGGCAGGAAAUCAUUUCUUCUGAUUCGCAGAAAUACGAACGUAGCAGUAGACCUUCAUAUUCCUCUAGAAGGUCUUCGAGAGACUCGGUUCAAUCAGAAUCAAAUUCUGAAUCAGACAGACAGUCAUGGCAAGACUCAAACUCUGACUCGAGAUACUCCAGUACUGACCGCAAGUCUUCAUAUAGAAAAGCAUGGGAGGACAGGGACUCUGACUCCACAAAGUCAGGGUCUAGCUUCCGCCAUUCUGUGUCUGAUUCCGUACUCUCUAGAAACAGUAACAACAACAGGUCCAGUAGCAUGAACGGGCCAGAGUGUGGGAACAAGGACUCCUCACAACCUAAACAUGUGUACACUAACCACCAAAAUGAGCAUGCCAAUAGAAGAGUAGUGUCUAAAGCUGUUUUUGUAAAUGGAGACGACAGAAAGUCGAAUGGUCCCGUAGUCGCUAAACCCGUUUAUCUGAAUGAAGAAGGGGAAGGCAUGAACGGCCAUGUAGAAUCUGACAUUCCUCCCCCGUACGUACCCUCCAACCGCUCCAAACUUACCAACGGAUCGGUGGAGUCUGCACGGAGAUCGUACAAUGACUUUAGAGAUGGCAUGAACGGAGAGGGCCUGGUGCGUUCGCACCGCGGCAGCAUGGACAGAUACCACGAUACUACUAGAGGCUUGUCUGGUAGCACUUCCACUGAUUGCAUGGCUGAUGGCACCCCUAGGAGUUCUGAAGUGGUGGACAAUAGGUCUUCUUCUCCACUCUUGCAUGCCAGUGGGGAGCAUGGUGCACCCGGUGGUAGAACCUUCGCAGUGUCUCGGAGGCGUGAUGAGAGAACGGAAAGUGUGUCCGAUGAACCGGUGACACCAACGAGUCCUGACAUGGGUCCGGUCUCCCCCUCCGCCCAGUCUGGCGGCCUGACCAGUAACAAGCGCUGGAUGCUGGCCAUGUUUUAUGCACAAAACAGGGAAGGAAAGAUGGGCGACGAGGAUGAAGACAGUGACGAAUCAAAAGACGAAUCAAAAGAGGCAAAGGAAAAGAGAAGACUCUCAAUCGAAACAUCGGAGACCAUUUCCAGUCGGAUGGAAAAAGUGCAGCAAAAACAGAAGGAGGACGUAUCGAGCCCCACGGAAAAGAAACAGCCGGAGAUCGCGUCCAAGGGAAAAGUUGCUGCUGUUGCGGAGAAAUUAAAAUCUGGUGCAAUACUUGAUGAGGACAAGAUAGUGAACGGACUUCAGGCCAUGAAGGUGGAGGAAAAGAAGGAGGAGAAGAAACCCCCGCCUCCACCAAAGAGCGAACAAGACCAGCUCUGGGAAAACCUCAUGAACACAGACAGGGAACUUGUUAUCAAAGAUAUGGACUUUAGAGACUUGAUUGGAGAUGACGAUAUGGACGUUCUGUCGCCGUUUCAUGGGAUGGAGACAUCAACUGACGGAUACCCACCCCGCCCCCCUCCCAACUUAUUCGGCGGCCCUCCCCCUCCUCCAUGUGUAUUCCCAGGUGGAGUCCCCCCUCCUCCUCCCCCUCCUGGCAUUCCUGGGGCACCCCCGCCCCCUCCCCCACCCGGCGGGCCACCCCCACCCCCUGGGGCGCCCCCUCCCCCUCCUCCUCCUAAAGCACCAGGGUCCAGCCACCUCGGUCCUGCGCCCAAGAACAGUGCCAUUCCAGUGAAGAAGAAGAAAACGGUGCGGCUAUUCUGGAAGGAGGUGAACCACUAUGUGCCGCCCACGGUGGCCAAUGCUACCAAGGGGAGUCUGUGGGACACAUUGAGAGGUGUGAAGUUCCAGUUGGAUACAGACAAGCUGGAGCACCUCUUUGAGUCCAGAACCAAGGAGCAGACACCAAAGAAAGUCGGCGAGGGGAAGGGGAAGAACGAGGUGAUUGUCCUGGACGCCAAGCGGUCCAACCAGAUCAACAUCGGCCUGACCAACCUGCCGCCCCCCAGGACCAUCAAACAGGCCAUCCUCAACAUGGACAGUGUGGCCAUGAACAGGGAGGGCAUAGAGAUGAUCCUUAAGAUGAUCCCAUCGGACGAGGAGAAGACAAAGAUCCAGGAGGCCCAGAUGCAGAACCCUGACACGCCGCUAGGGGCAGCGGAACAGUUCCUGCUUACUCUGUCCUCUAUCAGUGAACUCACAGCCAGGCUCAACUUCUGGGCUUUCAAACUCGACUAUGAGACCAUGGAACAGGAAGUUGCAGAACCCCUUAUGGACUUGAAAGAGGCCAUGGAACAACUCAAGAACAACAAGACUCUAAGAUACAUACUGGCCACUCUCCUAGCCAUUGGAAACUUCCUCAACGGGGCCCAGUGUAAGGGGUUCCAGUUGGACUACCUAGCAAAGGUACCUGAGGUGAAAGACACGGUACAUAAGCAGUCCCUGCUGUACCACCUGUGUACCAUGGUCAUGGAGAAGUUCCCAGAGUCCACAGACCUCUACUCAGAAAUAGGUGCUGUCACAAGAUCGUCUAAGGUUGACUUUAGUUUGCUGACCUUGAACCUUGCCAAGAUGGAGAAGCAGUGCAGGUCGUCCUGGGACAACCUGAAAGCCAUCGCCAAGCACAACAUGGCCUCCCCCAUGAAGAACAGAUUAACAGAGUUCCUGAAGGACUGUACAGAGAGAAUAGCCAUUCUAAAGAUUGUACAUAGAAGAGUUAUCAACAGAUUCAACAAGUUGUUAAUCUUCACGGGGAUGACGCCGCAGGCCAUCAAGGACACCAACAUCAACCAGUUCUGUAAGACGAUCAGCGAGUUCGCCCUGGAGUACCGCACCACGCGGGAACGGGUCCUACAGCAGCAGAAGAAGAAGGCCAACCAGAGAGAGAGGAACAAGACUAGGGGCAAGAUGAUCACUGAUGAGUUUGGACGGAGGUUCCCAGAAGCACAUGCAGAUUUAUCUGAGAUGAUGACCAAGAACUUUGCUGGCAAGUCUAAGAAGGAGAAGAAGGAGGAAGAGGAGGCCAAUGCCCUGAAGGCCGUUCUGAAACACGGUGCAAUGAACGGGGAGGUCAACCUCAACACCUCCAUGGAGCCCAGGGUUAGAACCCGCGGCAAGUCUACUGGGGAUGCAAAAAACUCUACCAAGGAACCCAACUUUGUAAAGAAAAUGUUCUCCGGAGGACGCAGCAGCGCGUCGUCGCGUGCCAAGGAUGCCGACCCAGACGACAACACGGAAGAGAUCAUGGAGAGGCUGGUGAAGACAGCGACCAACCCCGGAACACGCCUCAUCCCGCGGGAAAGGAAGAGGGCGCGCCAAGUCAACAGAAAAUCAUUACGCAGAACACUGAAGAGCGGUCUCAGCGAACAGGAGUCCAAGGCCUUAGGCAUCUCGGGCAAAAGCAACCCUGUAAACAUUUAGGUCUACUGAAUCUUACCGACUGUGUUCAACAUAUUGUUUGUGUCUGUGUAAAAUUAUUUAUGUGUAGAAGCCUUGUCAGUUGUCCAAUUUGUUAGUCAUUUUUGAUGUUGCAUUCAAAAUGUCCACUGUCAUUUGUGUACUUACGCUGUCAUUCCUAGCAGUUGCUUGGACAUAAACUGUAUUAGAGCAUGGCAUCAACUUGGAAAUCUUAUUAUUUGUGUCGAUGACUCAGAAAUAGACCACUAAAAUCUGGAAACAGAUCCAAUGUUUAUAGGGUGCCAGCCUACUGGCAAGACAAGGAAAAACUACACAGCAAAAAUGGUAUAAUAACUCUAUACUGUACUGAAUUUAUUUUAGAUGAUUGUAUAUUCUUAUCUUAUAUGCUUCACUGUAAAGAUGCCGUUUUUACUUGUAUGCUAAGUGAAGUGAGAGACAUUAUGGACUGUGCAGAUUGACAUUGUUGUAACUUAAAGAUUGCUCUGUAUAUGCUGGCUUGUUUGUAACUUAACAGAAUAGACAAAAGUGUUAAAUCUUCAUACAUUAUGCUUGCCGGGUUGGGAACUAUGCUUACUGCAAGGAACACGAACUGCAAUGAAGUGUACCAUGCUUUUCAAGUCCGAGGCAAUUUUGCCUGCAACUUUUACAAUGUAACCAUUGAAUCAGUUAACUGAAAUAUAGCUGAAAAUGUAGCAUAUGAAAUGACAGAUUUGACAAUUUUAUGGGUGGGAGUCAUGAAUACUAUUAAUCUGGAAGCACUUGUAAAUUUUUGGGAACAGCGACUAUGGUCGUUAUUUGUAGGAAUCGUGACAAAAGUCAUUGCAGUGAUUGCCAUGACAAUUUGAACAAUACUACCAAUUUUGACAGACCCCAAGUAUGGAGCUCGAUUUUUGAGAAUAAUUUCUAUAUUAUAGCAGGAUAGUGCCUUUGGCUUUUUAAGAUAAACUAAUAUAUUGCCAUAGAAUUGUUUGAUUGAGUGAAUUGUAGAAUAAUAACUACAGUGUUUUAAGAGUGUACUGAAUGUUUAUAAAUAUGAACUAUCUAAUUGUAGAUACUGAUAUGGAGGAAACUGUAAUAUAGACAAUUUUUUAAUGAGUAUGAUUGAAUGUGAAAGGCCUGCGCACAGAUUUUAGAGGAUGUUUCAUGCUUAUAAACAGCAAAUUUGCACACCGCAGGCAGCGAGGUACAACAUGUACUUGUAUGUCUCAAUUUCAAUGUAUUUUAAAGUCAACAUUGACCAUUUUUCAUGCUAUUGAUGGUUUAGAUUUCAGCACAAAAUUUUAACGUUGUUGCUUGUGUAAUUGUACAGAAUAUUAUGCGACAAAGGUUCGCAAUAUUGUAUAGCAUAAGAAGGGAAAUGGAACAGUUGGUUGAAACGCUGAGAAGAAGACCAUUUCUUACUAGUAGUUUGGUCUUUGCAGUCUACAGUGUAUGUUAGAGUGGUGGCAAAGACGGCUUUGCCACCUUGCCACGUAGCAAGGCUGUGUAGACGUAUGCUGCUACAUUUGUUGCAAGUUUCCACAUUAUUAAUAAGCUCCACGCUGUACCAUAUGAAAAAGCCAUAGCAGAUAAAACCAAACGGACAGAAUUAAAAAUUCUGAAAAUCGA